AUGGGCUGCUGUUCGGGGCGCUGCACCCUCAUCUUCCUCUGCGCGCUGCAGCUGGUGAGUGCGCCUGGCCACGGGCACGGCAGCGGGAACGGGCAGGGACGGCCGCCCAGCCCCACGGCGGGGCGACACGGGCUGCCCUCCUCGYCCCCUGCCCCUAACUUCGGCGGCGCGACAGGAGCGGGAUGCGACGUCGCGGGCAGGGAGGGAAGCGCCACCACCGCCGUCGGGCCGCUCGGGGGGGCAGCGGUGCCCCGGCCCCCCGCGCCCCGACGGGGCCACCCGCCGCGUGGGACAGGGAGAGGGAGAGAGCAGAGGAAGGAGCCGGACGGACGGCGCGGCGCCCGACGGGGCCACGGGUCGGAGGGCGCGGACCGGCUGUGCCGGGGUUGUCAUGAAAAUUUUCUGAAAGAACCCGUUUGGAGGAUGGUUGAAAGACUGAGUGAUUCUGAAGAUUUCCUGGUGAAAUCUCAACUGGCAGCACUAGAGAGACAGAUCUUUGACUUCCUUGGUUUCCAAUGGGCUCCUAUCCUUGGCAAUUUCCUACAAAUAAUAGUUGUCAUUUUGGGUUUGUUUGGAACCAUCCAGUUUAGGCCUCGGUAUAUAGUUGUGUACACGGUGUGGACUGCCCUGUGGGUCACCUGGAAUGUUUUCAUUAUCUGCUUCUAUUUGGAAGUAGGCGGACUUUCUAAGGAAACAGAUCUCAUGACCUUUAAUAUCUCAAUGCACCGGUCCUGGUGGCGGGAACAUGGGCCUGGCUGCGUCCGAAGGGUGGUGCGUCCUUCUGCUCCUGGCAUCCUAGAUGAUUACUCCUACGUCUCCGUGACAGGCUGCAUAAUCGAUUUUCAGUACCUAGAGGUCAUUCACAGUGCCAUCCAAAUAUUGCUCUCUCUCAUUGGGUUUGUGUAUGCCUGCUACGUGAUCAGUAUUUUCAUGGAGGAAGAGGACAGCUUUGAUUUCAUAGGUGGACUUGACACAUACUCCUACCGACAACCCCCCCAGGAACAUGUUGAAUUAAAGCCUCUAAAGCCCGUAGGUCGAAAUAAGUAAUCACCAUUUUCCCAAGGCUUCUGCUCUCUGUGAAGAAAUAUGAUAGAAGAAAAGACUAACUUUGUGACUUGUUGUUCUGGAAGAAACACCUCAUCCGUUCCUCACGGCAUGUGGAUUAUUCUUCCCACAGGCUCAUUAUCAGCAUUGUUAUUUGGUAGCUCCUUGUAGAUGAUCUUGAAUUUUUGAAUAAUUUACUUAUAUGGACACCUGUAAAUUGUAAAUUUUUCUUUUUUAAUUUCAAGAUUUUUACAAUGUUUAGUGUUAAGGCACAAAAACAAAGCAAACAGUGAAAACUCUGAGAAAGAUACAUUUUUCUUGAGGAAGUUAGUAUUUCUUGAUUGAUGGAAUCAUACUGGGCCUGGUCAAGACUGUGUUCACAAAAUGUAAUUUUGACAUCAAAAUAUGCAUUGGGAAUCAAAUACUAAUAGUGUAAAAGAGAACAUUUUCAAUCCUAUAUGUAAAAUUUACUAUGGCCACUCUUUAUAUUGCUUGAACUACUACAUGCGGUAGAAAUUGAUCUAUGACUAGUCUUGGCCAUAUGUUCCAGCACUAAAAUACUCAUCUAAUUUUUCCAAUUUGUGUAUGGCUCUCUCUCUCUCUCUUGUCC